AGCUAAAACAUCAGGUAGAAAUGCACUGGGCUGAUGGGCGUGAACCUGUAAACUUUGAACGUUGACUUUUACAGGAACAAGAGCACAACAAAGCGUCCUCGGGGGAUAUACAGCGUAAGGACUGUCACAGCUCAUGUGCUCUUAAUGCAAUUUAGGUAAAUCUGGUUUGCGCUACUCAGAGCUCAGCAAUCAAAGCAGCAGUUCGCUGCUCUGCCCCAGAACAAACAAACCCGCACAGCAAAGGCAUCAGCGCAAACCUCCCUGUGUGCUGGGGGGAGCAGCAGAUCUCGACCUCAACGCCCAACGGGAAAGCAGAUUUAUGGCUCAAUCUGCAGAAUCAGCCGGAUCCGCAGGUAGAAAUAACGGUGAGAUGUACUAAUAUUUCUGAUUCUACCCAUGUCUUUUCCUCCAAAGUGAAACACAGCCUUGUCCUGUUCCACCCCUUGACGUGCUGGGGAAUGGCUGAGAGCAAGCUGGGAGAGCAGGAACUGGGAUCAGACCCUGAUCCCGGGGCCAGGCUGGGUUUGUUCUGGUGCAGAGAACGUCCUCCCUUCUUUACAGGAAAAAGAUAAAAUGUUGGCAGCCUGUUUCGAUUGCCCAGGAGGCCCAGAAAAUCUGUAUGUGAAAAAAGUGAUAAAACCACAUCCAGGAGAAGGAGAAGUUCUCGUGAAGGUCUCUGCCAGCGCUCUGAAUAGGGCUGAUUUACUCCAGAGGAGAGGGAAAUAUCCUCCCCCCAAAGGAGCAAGUGAUAUUUUAGGCUUAGAAGCAGCUGGGAGUGUGGUGGGGCUCGGACCUGGCUGCAAGGGCCGGUGGAAGAUCGGCGAUGCGGUGAUGGCUCUGCUCUCCGGCGGUGGCCAGGCGGAAUAUGUCACAGCACCCGAAGGCCACCUGAUGCCAGUUCCCGGGGGUAUGACAUUUGUUCAGGCUGCAGCCAUCCCCGAAGCCUGGCUAACCGCCUUCCAGUUGCUGCGUUUUGUAGGUAAAGUAGAGGAGGGCGAGCGAGUGUUGAUCCACGCUGGAGCGAGCGGAGUUGGCCUGGCAGCCAUUCAGCUGGUGAGGCUGGCAAAAGCGAUUCCCAUCGUGACAGCAGGGACUCAAGAGAAACUGAAAGCGACAGCGAACGCCGGAGCAGCUGCGGGGUUCAACUACAAGAAUGAAGAUUUUAGUGAAAAGGUCUUGGCGUUCACCCAAGGUUCCGGAGUAGAUCUGAUUUUAGAUUGCGUUGGUGGCUCAUACUGGGAGAAGAAUCUUGCCUGUCUGAGCACUGACGGCCGGUGGAUCGUUUAUGGACUGCUGAGUGGAGGUGAAGUACACGGAGAUUUGUUUGCCAGGCUGCUUUCCAAAAGAGCGAGCAUCCAUACAAGUCUGUUGCGAUCACGAGACAAGGAGUAUAAGGAACGGCUGGUGAAAGCCUUCACAGAAGAGGUGCUGCCACAUUUUUCUGAAGGAACCUCCCCUCGUCUCCAACCGUUUGUCGACAGCGUUCACUCUCUUCAUGAGAUUGCAGAGACACACAGGGUCAUGGAAGAAAACAAGAACAUUGGCAAAAUUGUCAUCGAAAUGCCUGCUUCAUCUUAAAGAAAGGCCUACUGAUGUGGUUUAUUGAGGGACAGAAUUGUUAGGGGUGUUUGACAAGCAGAGAAUCUGCCUAUUCUGCUUCCAAAUCCGGAAUGAUUUAUUGUGGGAGGAUGCCAAAUAUGAGAGGUACAGCAAAGCCUUACAGGACACGUUAAUCAUAGAAUCAUUUUGGUUGGAAGAGACCCAUAAGAUCAUCAAGUCCAACCAUAACCCAACUCUGGCACUAAACUAUGUCCCUGAGAACCUCAUCUACACGUCUUCUGAACACCUCCAGGGAUGGUGACUCCACCACUGCCCUGGGCAGCCUGUUCCAAUGCCUGGCAACCCUUUCUGAGAGGAAAUGUCUCCUGAUAUCCAAUCUGAACCUCCCCUGGUGCAACUGGAAGCUGUCUCCUCUUGUCCUAAUAAAAAGGUUCACGUUGCA